CUCACUCCGCCUUAAUACUGUUCCCUCGAUAUCUUGAGGGCAGGCACAGAAUUGAAAUUGUAAUUUAAGAUUAAACCCAAAUUUUGUUUACUUUUGGAGGACAGGCAGGUGGAUAAAUCGAGGGUUUUGUCGAUUUCUGGCGCGGGGAGCUUAUUCAGUGGAUCAAAAAAAUGCAGCGAAUAAAACCACCUAACAGUCCUAGCCUGGGGACGUCUACGUUAAUUGAUCAAAAAGCCAGUGGGGCUUUUAAAAUUAGAGAUCAGUGGAGUUUCAGAAACACAGAUUUCUGAGACGCUAGGAGGCAAGGAGAGGCUGAUUGAUUCUGUUGCGUCCGCCGUCGGGGGAGGCGGUGCGCGCGGCGACCUGGUUGAGUCGGUUGCGUCGGGUUCUGCUCUAUAUAAAGCCCGUUAGGCGACCCGCGCGAUCAGUUUGGAGCGGAGAGUCGUGGAAGCUUCGUGGGAGCUUGUCGCUUUGCAGCUCAGAGGCGGCGGCAGCAGCAGCAGCAGCAGCAGCGGUUGCAGCGAGGCGGCGGUGGCGGCGGCGGUUCUUGUGGCUGUGAAUACAGUGGGGAGAAAUGCGAAAUUUAAGCUCCGCCUCCCAGGCUUCUCUCUCAGAAGGGGCUCUAGCUACUUUUCUACCUAAGAAGAAAGGGAGGCCGUCUCUCCCCGACCUCAUUCUGCGGGCUGUUUGCGUCUCUACAGCCCGCAAGGGCGCCUCUCUGGCUGCCAUCAAGAAGGCGCUCUUGGCCGAGGGGUACGACGUGCAGAAGAACAACGGUCGCCUGAAGGCGACGCUCAGCUCUCUCGUUAGCAAAGGGCUGCUGCAGCGGGUGACGGGCAGCGGCGUCUCGGGAUCCUUCAGGGUCAACAAGCGCCAGAAGAAGGGGGGCGCCUUGAAAGCAACGAAGAAAAAAACGGCCGUCAAGAGACCCAAAACCCAGAUAGCGGCCAGGAGGUCUCCGAAAAAAAUUAACCUCACAGCAGCUAGGAAGGCAAAGGGGCCCGGCAGGGAAACCAAGCCAGCUGUUAAAAAACCCAAGGCCCACAAAAACCCGGCCAGACCCAAGGGGAGGGCUGCCCCCCGCGGCAAAGCUGGAGGCAAGAGGCAUUAAAAACACAUUCCUCGUCAACUAAUACAUAUAAACUCAAAGGCUCUUUUAAGAGCCACCCUCAA